GCCGCUAGACAGCUGUCAUCCUUCAGCAUAUGUGAAUAAAAAAAAACUUACUUUGUAUUGAGUUGUCUUUUUUUAGGAUUGUGAGUUCAAAACUAAGAUUUGUUAAUUUUGAACAGUAACAUAAAUAAUGCUAAAAUCAAAAUCGCAAAAUAGUAUUUGUGAAGAAGAAGCAAGAUUCAUUCAAGAAAGAAUAACAGCAGUAGAAAAACAUUUCGCCGAAUUAUGUACUUCAUUCGCAGCUUAUGCAAGGAAAUCGGCAAGGCUUCGAGAUAAAAAUGACGAGGUUGCCAAAGUGAUCCAAACAUAUGCUGAAUCAGAAACUAUUAACAUAUCAUUAAGCCGUGGGUUAUCUAAUUUUGCAGCAACUUUAUCAGUCAUCGGUGAUUACAAGGAUGCUGAAGUUCAACGUAUUGAUUCAAAGAUAAUCUCAAUUUUAUCACACUAUUCAAUUAUUUGUCGACAUGCUCGUGAAGAUGUAAAAAACACCUUCUCAGCCCGUGAUAAAGAACUUGCUCGAAGAAAACAUAUUGAUAAGCUUCGACUCAAGGAAUCAGGAAAAUCACCCACAGUUUCGCAAGCUGACUUGAAAUCAAUGACAGCUACAGUUCAAGUAUUAAAAGUUGUCAAAGGUUUGGAAGAACAGAUAGAUUCUUUUGAGAAACGCAAACUGCACGAUCUCAAGACAUUAUUACUCGAUUUUGUCAUGAUUGAGUUGAGUUUUCACACGAAAGCUGUUGAACUUUUUACGAAAGCUUAUCAAGAUAUUGCUGAGAUAGAUGUAUUCAAAGACUUAGAGAAAUUUCGAGAGAUGUUAAAUGUCCCUGAAACUUUCUCACGAUUUGAUACUGUCACAAGAACAUCUUUCCGUCAGUCGUAUUCUCUCAAUAAUUUACCAAAUCAUUUGUCAUCAUCACCAGUACAGCUGAAAAACUUAAGUCGUACAACAGAAUCAUUGGAUUCUUUGAAAACAGCCGUCACUAAUUCUUCAGAAUUAGUUCAAGUUGAUGAAUACGAUGAGAGCUCCAAUACCACAGGAGAAACUAUCCAUUGACGAUACUGACAUCGAAAUUUAAAUCAGUAUUUGGAUAGUAGAUUGCAACUAUUCAUUUUGUUGUGAAAGGAAAUAAAAAAAACUAUAAAAUGAAUCCAAUGUAUUAUUUUGUAAUUGAUUUUACAGUAUUAUUCAUAUUAACAAAAUCAUUUAAUGUUACGAAUAAUUUUAACUUAUGUAAUAUUUUUUUGAAAAAUGGAAAGAAUCAUAUAUAUAUAUUUGACGUAUACAGAAAUCAAAAUUAAUCUGAUAUUAAUUGAAUUUCAAUAAUGUGUUGUGAAUACUAAUUAAGUAUUAUUAAAUAUCUUGAUAUGGAAAUUUAUAAAGCGAUAGGCGUACACGGAAAAAAAAUUGUGAUACUGAAAAACAUCAC